CACGAACACGAAUCGCCGUAAAGAAAGAGAAGAGUGAAAGAAGAGACUCGUCAUGGCCGCCAAGAUCGCCUUCCCGGUCUCCAAACUCCUCGAGAAGCUCCACUUCUCCCCCAUCCGCUCCGCCCUCGCCCUCGCCCCCUUCCGAUCCUUCUCCGCCACCGAGACCCGCGACGUCGCCGGAGAUACAAGAACCCUCGACAUCGACCGCCGCACCGACGUCUCCCCCGCCCCCCGCCGCCGCCGCCGCCGCCGUGGCGAUCUCUUCCCUAGCUUCUUCUCCGAUGCGUUCGAUCCGUUCAACCCGACGCGGAGUCUGAGCCGGGUGUUGAACCUGAUGGACCAGAUGGCGGAGAGCCCGUUCGCGACAGCGUGGGGGACGCGGGCGGGGUGGGACGCGAGGGAGGAGGAGGACGCGCUGUACUUGAGGGUCGAGAUGCCGGGGCUGGGGAAGGAGGACGUGAGUGUGACGGCGGAGCAGAACACGCUGGUGAUAAAGGGGGAGGGCGGGGAAGAAGAGGAGGGGAAGGGCGAAGAGGAGGGGAGGGGGCGGAGUAGGUACAGCAGCCGGAUCUAUCUGCCGCCGAAUUUGUACAAGAUAGACGGGAUCAGGGCGGAGAUGAAGAACGGGGUGCUCAAGGUGGUGGUUCCCAAGGUGAAGGACGAGGAGCGCAAGGACGUGGUCCAGGUCCAGAUCGAGUGAAGAGAGAGAGAGUGUGUAUUUGCUAGCUUUUCUCCGUUUGCUACUUUGCUUGUUAUGGUAUGUUGUAGCCUUUUUGCGACUUUGUUCGAAGUCGCUGACGCGAAAAGCCUUUCGAGCAUGUCCGUAGUAUAAGGGUUUGGUAUGUCCAAUUUCUAAUGCUAUCUCUUUUAACUCAAGCAUGCGAGUAUCCUUGAAAGAGCCCA